CAUGUAUAUUUAUCAAGUUCGUAAGUAGCCUGUGAUUUGCCAAAAGAAUUUUUCCCAAUUCAACUUGAAAGCAGAAUGGCAGAGAAAGGAUCUGGAUUCAUUGGGUUUUUCAAAAAUAUUUACAACGAUGAAUACAAAUGGGCGCUGGUCAAAAGUGCAUCGUUGUUUAUUGUAGGAGUGCGAGUGGCUCAAGAAUGUGUUGGACUUGAGCUAAUGUCGGCAGUUCCACACUGAAGAGUAGAGAAACUAAAAUUGAUAGGAUUUGCGUGUUUUGUCGUUAAUAAACCAUCUCCAUAAUGCCGUA